AUGACGAUGGAGCAGCUGGCGGUGGUUGGGGCUCCGAUGCUCCUACAAGUGGUGGUGGAGGUGGUUGGGGUACUGAUGGUGCCCGUAGUGGUGGGGGAGGAAGAAGUGGCGGUAGCGGUGGCGAUGGUGGUGGUUGGGGAGGUUCUGGCGGCGGUGCUCGUGCUGGUUGGGGAGGUUCUGGCGGCGGUGGUGGUGGUGGUUGGGGAGGUUCUGGCGGCGGUGGUGGUGGUGGUUGGGGAGGUUCUGGUGGUGGUGGUGGUGGUUGGGGAGGUUCUGGCGGCGGUCGCAGUCGCGGUUCGGGCAGCGCAUGGAAUGAGGGUGACGCUGGAUGGCGUGGUGCGUCAACAGGUGCACGCGUAA